CUCUAAGUCUAGAUUAGUUAACUCUAUGAAUAUAAUUGUCUUUUACUCUUCAUUAAAAGUAAGUGUAAAAAUGAUUAGUGUAAACAUGAAAAAUGGUACUAUGAAAAGUGGUAAUAUAAAUGUGGUAUUUGUGGCAAUUUCUCUUAAAUUUAUUCAUCUCGUCCUGGUAAAGAACACAAGUCAAUUAGAUGGCUAAACAUAACCACUGAUUCAAGAUAAAUACAAAGUUUUGAAAGUGGACUGCAUGAUGGGUAGUAAGAUCAGUCCAGUCAAAUUGUUAUUAAUCAAGGGAACUGAAAUUGUUAAUUUGUUAAGAACUUUGCUUUAAUUCAUUUAAAAUGAAAAGUUUUGUAAUUAGAUGGAAUGGAUUAAAAAAUACAUAGAUAUUUUUUAAAGAACCUGGUUCAUGCGGUUUGUCUGUUAUUACUAGUUUAACAAUAGUCUUCGGAAACUAUGUUUAACGCAAAUGAGAUGGUAACCUCCAUUCCACAAGAGCAUAGUAUUAGCGAAUACUAAGUCAUAAGUUUGGAUAAUAUCUGCAUGGUCGAUGGUUAAUUGACUUUCACAACACAGUUCAGUGGUUGCGGUUGGAUUGAGAUGGAUAGCUUUAGAAAGAUUUAACUUAUGGAGACCCAAAACUUAAGAACGGCGAUAGACUAUGUUACAUUCAGAAAUGGAAUCACUGAAUUGGAUAAUUGAGAGUAUGCUACAAUAUUCGUCAUGUUAGAGCUUUGGAACGGCUUGCAAGGAUCUGAUCGUAAAGAUAAAAGAGCCUUACGCGUGACUAAGUUUUGCAACAGAACUAGUGGCGAUAAAGACGUUGCAGAUUUGUUUUCUAGACUUCAAGAUAUCUCAUAUCCCAAGAGCGCAAAAUAGAAUUUUGGACUCUUUAGCUAAGAAUGCGAGAUCUUUUUAUAGUGAGUUUUGUUACAUCAGUUGUUCUAUUCCGGUUUGGUUAUCCAGAUCAUAUCAAGUUUGAAAUAUGUACGUACAUAUUCUAUUCCGGUUUAGUUAUCCAGAUCAUAUCAACAAUUACAAAAAAAAACUGUAAUUAAUCAUUUAUAUACCAUGUUUGAAUUCAAAAUAUUUACUUUUUAUAUAACAAAUUACAGCUGUAAAAUUUUAUUGUUUUUAAUUCUGUAAAUUUGAAUUAUUUGUCCUAAGUAGUCAAUGAAUAAACAUUAUCAUUUGUACAAUGCUAGUUGUAAAAAUAGGUUUUGUCUCUUCGUUUUUAUUUGAUUAACCUAUCUUUUGUAUAUAUAGAAGUGUACACCAUGUUGUGCUGGAGCUUUCCUGCUUAGUCCUUAGAAGUUGAUGGCGGGAUGUCUGUGUUCAAAAAAUAAUUAUUUUUGCUAAAUAAAUAAUCUGCCGUCAGUCUAAUUUUAUUCAUGGGAGAUAUAUAUUCGUAUCAAUAUUCAUUUAAUUUCUUAAAUAAAGAUACGAAAUCUAAAACAGCCAAUCCGUUGACAAAAUAAGCUAAGAAUACAACAAAAUAUGUACGUUUAGUUAAGCUAAAUUAACAAAACUUAAAAAUUUUAAGCAAGCUAAUCCGGCCCGGAUCUAGGCACAGAUUAAUGAAAUAUUGGUAUUGGCUCCAAAAUUUUUGAAAGUUUUUCACAUGCGCAUAGGUUCUUAAAUUAUGAAAAAAAGUUUUUACUUUAUUUUUUUUUAACAUGUUUCAAACCCCCAAAAUCUCAGAUACGCUUGUAAGACUAAUUUAGCUUAUAAAGUAUAAACUGUAAUAUAAGAUCAGAAGAGUUUGUGUUGUACGUUACAGACUUACAGAUCACCAUGGGAGGUCCCACUUUUUAAAAUUGCUAGCUGUAAUUGCAAAAUCAGUGCCAGCCGGUAAAUAUAUUGUAAACUAUGUAUGUCUUCUCUUUGAGCCUUGAACCGGUUUUGUAGUAAAACCGGAAAUUCAAAAUGGCAAUAAUACAAAAUUUCGGUUCAUAACUCAUACAAAAUACUCAAUUAAACCUUGGAAGAUAAUAGAAGAAAAGGAAUAUAACAAAAUAAAACCAUGUGUUGAUUUGAAUUUCAGGUAACCGAUUCCGGUUAAGCCGACCAGCCAGCCAGCAGAAAUGAUUCUGGCGGCAACGGAAAAAAAAAAAGAGGAGACACGUCGUUUAGAUGGAAAACAAAAAAGAGGUAGACACGUUUAGAUGGAAAACAAAGGGGGAUUAUAAGAUAAUUCCUUCUAUAAUAGGAAGAUCCCCCAAGAUAAUUCCUUCUAUAAUAGGAAGAGGGCUUCUUAAAGAACAGAGAAACACAAAUUAAACAGUUAGAGAAUCAAGAAGAAUAAUAACUCGUUAUCUCAAGUAAGUUUCACCAUGCACAAAAAUGUAUACAAAUUACGUUUUCAUACAUAUAAACAAGUUCAUUUUCGAUUAUUUAGACAUGAAAAGAUGCGUUUUUCUUUUCAGCACUCGUUAUUACGUUUCUUUGGCAUUCUCUUGAAUUCUAUUGAAAAGAACUAGGGAGCUAGAUACGUAAACCAUAGAAAUGUGCUAGAACAAAGGUUAAUAUAUGUUGGUAUAACCUAUAUUAUGUAUAUUUAUAUGCGUAUAAAUGUAUAAAUUGCAAAAGUUUAGUUAUGUAUUUGAAUGAUCAGAUAGUCUCGUCUCGUCCUUAUUCGGUUAGGUUAGAUGUUAAGAUCUUUUGUUUCCAUUAUGUUCAUCUAAACGAUAAAUAUAGAAAAGUUUCUACUUUCUAAUAAAUUUUUUUGGUUGCAGAAUUAUAAAAUACACAAAAAGAUAUGGGUUACUGGAAAUCGAGGGUUGUUCCAACAAUGAAGAAAUUAUUCGAGAGAAUCCCAACAAAGAAGGCUCUAGUUGUUGAGGCUAGCAAGUCCUUAACCUUCGAUGAUUCUAAGGAAGCAAUCAACAAGGAGAUCGAGGAGAAAAGGACAGAACUGGAACCCAAGGUCGUGGAAAUCUACGAAGCAACGUCUGCUGAACUAAAGGCUUUGGUGAAGGAGCCUAAGGAGGAUGGUUUAAUGAAACAUUCUGCCGAGGUGCACAAAUUCCUCGAGGCGCUUGUCGAAAUUGGGUUCCCUGGUUCAAAGGCUGCAUGUGAAGUUUCAUCUACCAGCUCCGGACCAGUAACGUUCAUAUUUGAGAAAGUAUGUUUGUUUCUCCCGGCCGAGAAGUCACGGGAGGUGGAUAUUGUGGAGGAAGUCGUGAAAACUGAAGAACCGGCCAAAGAAGAGGAAGUUAUAAGCGGCGAUAAAGAGAGAGAAAUAGUUGAAGAGAAGAAAGAAGAGGUUCAACCGGCACCGGUUCCUGCCCCAGCGGCUGCGGAGGUGAAGAAGACAGCCGUGGAAGAGGAGAAAAAGGCGGCUGCGGAAGAUAAGAAGCCAGUGGAGGAGGUGAAAAAAGAAGUUGUUGCUGCAGCGCCAGUGGCUGAAACUCCAUCGACCAAGGCCCCAGAAACUCUGGUGGUUGAAACUCCGGCCAAGACUCCUGAAGCUCCGGCCAAGGCUCCUGAAGCUCCGGCUAAGGCUCCUGAAGCUCCAGCGAAGGCUCCAGAAACGCCGGCGGCUGAGCCAAAAAAAGCUUGAUUUUUUUUCAUAAUACAUUUCUUUAAGAAAAUAUUGAUCGUCUUUCCUUGACUUGAAUACUCUAAUAUUGAUUGUCUGUGUGGAUAAUUUAUUUUGUUUGUUUAAAUUAUUUGCUAUCCAUGUGAAUUUUCUAUACAUUAAUUUGCUUGCUUGAAUUACAUAUUUUGUGAUCCGA